AUGAGACACACAUACACCUGGUCUGUGACCCAGCUGUCUAGAAUCCAUGUGCCUUUUUCAGAUGAUGAGUGGUACCUCUGCCAGGUGACACUCCUGGCCCCAGAAGAGGAGCUUCUGUCCUGGGGCAUGUACCCGUACCCGUACCUGGCACGCGUCGAUCCCGAUGCGCGCAAGGGCGCUCUCAUCUACCAGCUCGUGGCCCGCUACAGCAGCCAUGGGAACACCACCUCUGGCAUCACUUACACACUCGUUGCAGGUGGUGAGGAGCGAUUCCGAGUGGAUAAGGACACUGGCAUUAUCAUGACGACUGGCUUGCCUUUGACAUGGAACAAGGAGUAUGUGGUUACUGUGGAAGCCUCUGAUGAACAUGGCAACAAGAGCCCCUACGCCUCCGUUUCCAUCCUGGCAGGCUCCCGACCUCCACAGUUCACCAACAUGUCCUACAGUGUAUUUGUCCCUGAAAACACUCCAGCAGGAGAAAAAGUAGCAGUUGUUGAGGCAGUUUCUUUCCAGAGCCAGCCUCUUUCCUACACUCUGCUGACAAAUCCCUCUGGGCUCUUCCGAGUGAGGCAAGAGAGUGGAGAGCUCAGCCUGACCCACCCCGUGGACUACGAGAGUGAGCACCACCUCUACCACCUCCUCCUGAAAGCCAUGGAAGUUGAGAGCACUCUCAGCAGUGUGACUGAGGUCAUGGUCCAUAUCACAGAUGAAAACGACUGUUCCCCUGAAUUCCAGCGCUCCAUCUACAGCAGAGACAACGUUCCCGAAACCAUUCCUGUUGGGACGUCUCUUCUGCAAGUGCUUGCAAUAGACUGCGACUCUGGCUCCAACUCUGAGAUCUCUUACUUCAUCCAGAGCACUGAUUUUUCCAUCUCACGUCACGGGGUCAUCAAUUCUAACCAGAGGCUGAACUUUGAGCGAGCAAACCACAUGUACGAGUUUGUGGUGAUAGCUGUGGAUAAAGGACACCCCCCCCGGACGGGGACAGCGUCGGUGCGCAUCCGAAUGGCCAACGUCAACGACGAGGCUCCUGUCUUCUCCCAGUCCGUUUACAGGACUUUCCUUUCGGAGGAUGCUGGUCCUGGCACCUUGGUGGCUACUGUUCGGGCAGAGGACCCUGAUGGAGAUGGGCUGCUUUAUCUGAUUACAGGAGGCAAUGAGGAGGGCAACUUCGAGCUGGAUAGACAGAAAGGUAUCAUUAAACUCCGCAGAAACCCAGCACCCAGUCUGAAAGGCCCACAGUACACCCUGAAUGUCACUGCCAUAGAUGACAAUGCCUCGGGGGGACCCACUCCUCUCAGCAGUUUUGCUGAGGUUAUUGUAGGAGUUAACGACAUAAAUAACAACAAGCCUGUCUUUAGAGAGUGCGCUUACUACAGUGGCAGCACCUGGGUUCUGGAGAAUCAGCCUCCAGGCACGCAUGUGCUACAGGUAGAAGCCUAUGAUGCAGACCUCGGCAUCAAUGGAGAGGUGAAGUAUGGGCUCAUGCACCGAGACGGAGCUUCCCUAGGCUUCAGCAUUGACCCAGACACAGGAGCCAUCACCACCACGCAGAGUUUUGACCGGGAGGAGCAGCGGGAGUACACUCUGUGUGUCACUGCCACGGACCAGGCGCAGGAGCCGCUGAUCGGCGUGUGCCAGGUCACCGUCCUCAUCGCGGACGUCAACGACAACGACCCCAAGUUCGAGAACAGUCGCUAUCAGUACUUCCUUAGUGAAGACACUCCAGUGGGGAUGAGUUUCCUCCGAGUUGUAGCUCACGACAGUGACCAGGGUGUGAAUGCUGCUGUCACAUACUCAAUGUUAGAGCAUCAGCUGGAAUACUUCCAGAUCAACCCCAGCACAGGCUGGGUGUAUGUGAAUUGCCCACUACCCCAGGCAAUGCGCAUUAGCCGCUACAUUGUAGCGACAGAUGGAGGGAACAGGAGCAGCACGGUGGAGCUGACGGUGACUGUCACCAGUGCACUGAGCCAGCCACCCCGCUGGGAGCAGAGCACAUACUGGGUAACCAUCCCCGAAAACACCAUUCGUGACACCAAGAUUGUGACCAUCAAAGCCACAUCCCCUCUUGGUGAUCCCAGGGUUACGUAUAAUCUGGAGGAGGGUCAAGUUCCAGAGACUAACAUGCCAGUUCGUUUCUAUCUGAAGCCAAACAGAGCUGAUGGAUCUGCUUCUCUUCUAGUCGCUGAACCACUUGACUUUGAGACAACUAAGUUUUUCACCCUGACAGUCCGGGCACAAAAUGUAGCAAUGACUCCUUUAGCUUCCUUUGCCACUGUUUAUGUGAAUAUAACAGAUGUCAAUGAUAAUGUUCCAUUCUUCAUGUCUUCUAACUACGAGGUGUCUGUGCCAGAAGGAGCUGAUGUUGGCACAUCUGUGGUUCAGGUCUUAGCUAUGGACUUGGAUUCUGGCCUGCAUGGAGAGGUUCACUACUUAAUAUUGAAAGAUGCUAAUGAGGAUUAUCAGUUCUUCACCAUUGAACCUGAGACCGGAAUUAUUUCCACCCAGGCAUCUUUUGACAGAGAGAAAAGAGCCUCUUACUUGAUUGAAGUUCAAUCUCAGGACUUAUCAGAAUCUGCUAGACCUGGUGUUCAUGGGCAGCCCAACACAGACACAGCCUACGUGAGGAUUUUUGUCAGCGAUGUGAAUGACAACGCUCCAGCAUUUCCUCAGUCAGUGUAUGAGGUCAGCAUAGAUGAGGACAAGGACGUUGGAACUCCUGUUGUGACAGCAACAGCAAAUGAUGAAGAUGAGGGUGCAAAUGCCAAACUAAGGUAUCAGAUCACUUCAGGAAAUGUGAAGGGGGUUUUUGAUGUGGAACCUGAGAUUGGAACUGUCUUCAUUGCUCAGCCUCUGGAUUAUGAACAAGAACAACAUUAUGAGCUGCAGCUUGUAGCUUCUGAUGGAAAAUGGGAAAACCACACUCUUAUCAUCAUCAAUGUUGUCAAUAAGAAUGACGAAGCACCAGUCUUCACUCAGAAUGAAUACCAGGGCAGUGUCUUGGAGGAGCUCACAGAUCUGCCCGUACUUGUCCUAAAGGUUUCUGCAAAGGAUCCCGACCAGGCAGCAGAUCAAAAUGCCAUUAACUAUUCCCUGCACGGACAGGGAGCCAGCAGCGAGUUCAGCAUCGAUGAGAGCACAGGUGAGAUCAGCGCACACAAAAGGCUGGACCGAGAGAAGCGAUCGAUGUGGCGCUUCCUCGUUCUUGCGACGGAUGAGGGCGGAGAGGGACUGACCGGCUUUGCAGAUGUCAUCAUAGAGGUGAGGGACGUGAACGACAAUGCACCCCUUUUCCUCUGUGUGUCGGACGGCUGUUUCACAGGCCACAUCCCUGAGGACUCUCCGGCUGACACUCCUAUCAUGGAAAUGACAGCAGUGGACCUCGAUGACCCCAAGGCUGGCAUAAAUGCUGUGCUGACAUACAGGAUCAUUCAGAACGUCAAAAACGAAAUUAAUUUGAACUUGUUCUCCAUUGAUUCAGUUAGUGGCACCAUCUCUACGGUGCUCGGGUCUCUGGACCGUGAGAAGGAAGACAAGUACCUAGUGGUGGUUGAGGCCAGAGAUGGAGGAGGGCUCACUGGGACAGGCACAGCCACGAUUGUGGUGACUGACGUAAAUGAUCAUGCUCCAGUCUUCCUGCAAAGCAUUUACACAGCAUUCGUCUCUGAGAAUGCAAGUAUAAACUCUGAGGUGGUGGUGGUGUCUGCUGUGGACAGAGAUGAGGGAGAAAACGCCAUGGUGACAUUCAGCAUCAUUGAUGGGGACAAUGACCACAAGUUCUCCAUAGAGACAGAUGAAGUCAACAACUGUGGGUUUAUCCGACUACGCAAACAGAUUGACUUUGAGAAACCUCAUGAGAGGGUGUUCAAUUUGACUGUGAAAGCAGAGGACAUGGAUUUUUUCAGCAUCACUCACUGUGUGAUCUAUGUGGAGGACUCGAAUGAUCAUGCUCCUGUCUUCUAUCCCCAGUUCUAUGAAGUGGCUGCACUUGGGGAAGAUGUACCAGUUGGUACCAAAGUUAUUCAGGUUUCUGCUGUGGACUUGGAUUCUGGCCUGAAUGGGAGGGUUUUUUUCCACCUGUUAAAUAAGUCUGAUCCAGGUGGCCAGUUCUCUUUGGAUAGUGAUGGAUGGCUGAUGGUUGCAGGAUUGCUGGAUCAUGAGACAGUGGCUCAGUACCAACUAAUUGUGAUUGCCACUGAUAUGGGACAGCCCCCUCUGACUGGCAGUGCCACUGUUUUGGUGACUUUGCAGGAUGUAAAUGACAAUGGGCCAGAGUUCGAGGCACACUACAACCCGGUGGUCUGGGAAAACACAGCUUCUCCACAGGUUGUCCAAAUGAAUGAGAGCUCCACACUGCUGUAUGCCAAGGAUCGAGACACUGCUGUGAAUGGAGCACCUUUCUCCUUUCGCCUUCUCAGUGACCUCGAUAGCCUGACCAGCUUCAGCUUGCAGGACUUCCACAAUGGAAGUGCCAUGCUCACUGCACUGCGUACCUUUGACAGGGAGGUGCACAAGGCCUUCUACCUGCCCAUCCUGAUCACAGACAGUGGGAUGCCACCCAUGAGCUCCACCAACACACUGACCGUGAACAUCGGGGACCAAAAUGACCACCCUCAUUCUGCUGGCUACAUGGAAUGUCUCAUUUACAGCUAUGAUGGUAUUCUGCCCACGACUGUACUGGGCCAGGUCAGUGCCCCUGAUGCUGAUGACUGGGAUCACAAAAUCUACCAAUUUGAAGGGAAAACAUCAAGGUACUUUAUCCUUAAUGAUAACUCAGGUUUGCUGACUAUUAAAGAAGGAACCCCACCGGGAACAUACAACAUAAGAGUUAGAGUCAUUGAUGGAGUCUGGCCAGAUGUUAUCUCGACUGUAAAGAUUAUAGUGAAGGAAAUCAAAGAUGAUGCCCUCCAAAAUGCUGGUUCUGUACGAAUAAAAGGUAUCACACCAGAGGAGUUCAUAUCCCAGUCCCCUGAAAAACAAAGUAAAUACUACCAGAUGAAGAAGCUGCUUUCAGAAAUUCUCUCAGUUCAACUGGAAAAUGUUCACAUUUUCAGUGUACUGAAUAGCCCAAGUCCAAUCCAAGGGGUUGAUGUUUGGUUUGCAGUUUAUGGUCCACCUUACUAUAAAGCAGAAAAACUUAAUGGCAAUGUAGCAGCUUCCAGAGCCUGGCUGGAAAGCAUUCUGGACAUAAAUAUCACCCAGACUGGCAUUGAUGAAUGUGUGACUGCAGACUGCACUCAUAGCAGUGGAUGCAUCAGUAAGCAUGAACAAAACCAUGUACCAACCAUAACCACAGCUGGAAGCAUUUCACUGGUGUCUGUGACAGUCCUGAGUCGUGCUGUGUGUGGCUGUGCUGCUCGGGAGAAUCCUCAUCUUUCCUGCUCCUCAUACCAGACAAACCCCUGUCUCAAUGGUGGCACAUGUGUGGAUACUGUUUUGGGCUACAGAUGCAAAUGUGCUGCAAAUUUUCAUGGACCAGACUGCCAGCAGACAAAACACAGCUUCACAGGCCACGGUUAUGCCUGGUUCCCUCCUCUUCAGCCUUGCUUUGAGAGCCGCAUCUCCCUAGAGUUUAUCACUGAAGUUGUUGAUGGCCUUCUGUUGUACCAUGGACCAGCAACACAAGGGCAGCCUGGAGAACGGGAAAAUUUCCUUGCUUUAGAACUCUCUGGUGGUGUCCCAUCGUUGACUGUGAGCCACAGCUCUGGUGAGCUUUUCCUGAAGCUGUCACAAAAAGUUAAUGUUGCAGAUCGCCGCUGGCACAAUAUUAAAAUUAUAAAUGAUGGAAAGGAAGUGAAGUUGAUUCUUGACAACUGCAUGAAUGUCUCGUUUAGAGACGACGGCAGUGUCACUAAGAGGAUUUCCCAAAUGGAUCUGUCUGCCUGUGAAGCCUCUGGAGAGAUUGUGGGAUCUCAAAGCAUGGGUAAGCUCUUCAGUGGCCAUCAGCCCCUGCAGCUGGGUGGAGUUAAGAAGACCUUGCUUUACCACAACUCACAGAGGCACUUCAGGGGGUUUGUGGGCUGCAUACGCAAUGUCAUCGUUGAUAGUAAGGUCUAUGAUUUACAGCACCCUGCAGAGUCCCUGAACAGUGCUCCUGGCUGUGUCCUUAUGGAUGAAAUGUGUCAGAGUGGUGGGAUGGCCUCCUGCGGUACCCAUGGCAAGUGUGUUGGUGGCUGGGAUUUCUUUCACUGUGACUGCUCCCCAGGAUAUGCUGGAGUAGCAUGUGAAAAAGUUCUUCCAGAAUGGGCUUUUGGACGGGACAGCUGGAUCCAUUACGAGCCAAGGAGCAUCCUGAGCACUCGAAGCACGCGGAUCCAGCUGAUGGUGCGCACCCGGCUCUCACACAGCACCCUGCUCAGCCUGGCCUCUGCACAUGGGAGAGGACACAUCCGACUGGAGGUCGUUGAGGGUUUCUUUAGUGUUAACUUCAGUUUGGGGGACAAAAAUCACUCUUUGAAAAUGAGAACAUUACGUAUAAACAAUGGCCAGUGGGUUCUUCUGACCAUGGAGCGCUACAACAAUGAAUUUACCCUGCGUGUUAACAGUGGUGGAGGUGAUCAAGAAGUCACUUCUGUCUUGGGUGUGAAUAGAUGGUUUGAAAUGGAUUGGGCAAGCAUUGUGCUAGGAAACCACCUUCCAAGUCAUUCAGAGAGUGAUUUCCAAGGUAAGUGA